AUGUUUGGGUUAGCCGGAAAAUUUCAACGACGCUGUGAAUCUGAUCUCGAACAAGAAUCUAAUUUGACUGCUGAUCUAAAAAAUGACUUUCGAAAAUCAAAACAUGGAAUAACUGUAGGAUAUGAAAAUGAUUCAAAAUGGUCACCUAAUUGGAGCGACAAUAAAGCGAAUGUCUCAUCGGGACAUCCUGUGACAUUUGAAGCAACAAGCAGUAGUAGAAAAUGGCUUUUAUGUACGCUCAUUAUUGUAUCAUCACUAUUUCUAUUAUUCAUUAUUGCUAUCAUAACGGCAUAUGCAAUGAAUGUGAUUAUUAUCAAAUUUCCAUCAUCAUCAUCAUCCAAAACAGUACGACCAUAUCCAUUCGAAACUACAACUUCAUUACCUAAUUUCACCACUCAACCUUUCUUUCCACCUUUUUUUCCCACACCAUUACCACCAUAUAAUCCAAUCAUUACAACAUUGCCAAAUCCAACAGAUCGAUUGCAAAAACGAACAUUUCUCUGCCAAAUGUAUUUAUUAAAUAAAGCUAAUGAUGCUUAUGUAAAUCAUGAUAGUUUUGAGUAUCGUAAAGCAUCUCAAAUGAUUCAGAAUGCGAUACAUAGUCAACUUAAACAAUCUCCUUUGCAGCCGCACCUGGAAAAUGUUUACGUAUGGUAUUUAUUCAACAGUGGUCCUCAUCUUGCCGUAGAAUUUUCUAUCAUAUUGCUUCUUCCAUCACAUCCAAAUAUUGGUUUAACAUCGGUCAAAAAUGUUCUCCUCAGUAUAUUACCAGAAAUUGAAGAACAAUUGGAUGGUACUCAUAUCGAUAGAAAUAGCAUUUCGAUACAGUAUCUUCAUAAUUAA